AUGACAGGAAGAAUCUCUGCUUCAGCUUCAACUUCUCCCUCAGCAUCUGCAUCUGCAUUUCCAUCUUCGACCUCUCAAGCCCCAGCCAUUCAAAUUAGGCUGCAAGAAAAUAAAAAACGUGAAGAUGGAGAUGGUGAAAGGAAUGUGGACUUUUCAGGUCAGAAGUCAUUCACAUUAACCACAAAAAUACUGCAAAAUUUGUUGAAGAGGCCACUUUUUACUAAAGAUCCCCAGAAAACAAAUGAAUUUCUUCAUUAUUUCAACUCAAAUAUUAAGAAAUAUCUCACGAAUGAAGUUAACAGCAUACAGAAAUUAUUAGAGUCCAACCAGUCAUUAAAUGAAAACGAAUCCGAACAAAUUGCAAAUUUUUUUAAAAAAGUUGGUCUGAGAGUUCCUUCGGCAGAUGAAGUUAAUUCUUUAAUUUCCAGCAAAUAUUUCAGUGGAAUUAAAGUUUCAAUUAAUGGCGCCAAAUACGAAAGCAUCAAUUUAUUUCUUUCAAACCAGAAAGUGUAUGAAGAGCAAAACACUGGGUUUAUCUUAUCAUUCAAAUUCAUCAAGGAACUUGUUGGAGACAAAACUGAUGCAAUCCUCUUGUGCAGGUUGAACAGAAAGAAUGAAGUUGUCUUCAAGUGUUUCAGAGAUAUCUAUUAUCACGACUUGAUGUGUGUGUUGCCCCAGACUAAAGUUUUGGAACCUGCUCUGCUAAAAAUUUUGUACAUGACCUCACUAGGAAUGACUCUGGGCAGUGCGUCAUCUUACGUCGUUUCGGAAAUUUUGCAUCAUCCUUCGGAUAUCUAUGUCCUCUCAUUUGCUCUUAUGACUCUCCUGUCUUCGUUUUUCUGGACGCAAAUGAAUAAUUUAAAGUUGAGGCAUCUCUGGUACAAGUGUGAUUUACUAUUCAAGACUAAAUUAGCUGAAGGAAACAAUUACUUGAAUAUUUUUGCAAGAAAUAUGUAUCCAAAAAUCUUCAUGGAAUCUCUUCUCGUGUACAUUUUUCUGUUGAAAGAGAAGGAUCAUCUCAGUGAGACAGAAACAGGUGUGAAAAUAAUCUUUACAAUGAAGGAUAAUAUAAAGCGCUGGUCAGAACAAGAGUUAGAUGUCCAUUUGUGGGAAGAUUUCAGACUGGACGACAGCUUAAAAAUAUUGCAGUUCUUAAAAUUGAUCGAGGCUACUUCUGACUCCCUCAUACAUUUUAAAGUCCACGGCUUAGAAACGUCAUCUACAAUUUUGUCAACGAAUCAUUUUAAGUUAUCAUUAGAUAAUAUAUUUAAAUUAUAA